AAAACGAAGUGGGAUUUCUCUCCACCAGGCGUACACUCUCCCUGUUUUACGUAUUGUAAUACGAUUUUUUUUGUACAUUUAUCCGCUUGGCCUACGUCGUACAAACCAAACACACACGUUACUGCCGUCACGGAACAUGGCCAUCGAAUGUGACCUGGCCCGGGGGACGAAAACCGACGCUUCUGUCUGAGCUAAGCUAACGUUCUUGCGUCUAUAAGCAAACUCGCUAGCCUAGGAGGUAGUGUUAGCAUCGUUAGCUUUUUUGCAACGAAGCUACAUUGCUAGGCGGUAGCCUUGCCAAGCUAGCGCGCUAAUAAGUCACUUGGUUUAUCAAAAGGUAAACAACCGAGCUUUUCCAGAGUACGGGAUCGGCGAUCGCGUCCCUCGGGGCCCAAUGGCGCCACACGCGCACGAAUUCGGCUCCUAAAUUCGCGCGGUGAAGUGCGGGGGUAAAAACGGGGGCUCGCACAGACAGCCCCGUCCGUCGGCGACGAUCAACAAUACAAAUCUCGGAUCCCCUCCGGUGAGGCCAAGCCAGCUAACGCCAGCGGAGGGUGGCUGCGAGGGGCUGGUUGAACCGCCCGCCUGAACCUCCACCCGACCCCGGUCUGGAGGUUUGCUACCCGCCACCCGACCCCGGUCUGGAGGUCUGCUACACGCCGCCCAGCCCUCAACCCGACCCCGGUCUGAUCGGUCUGCUGCACGCCGCUCAGCCCUCCUACAGGACUCUGAUGCUGUGAUCCCGGACACGCCCGUGUGACACAGAUUCCCCUUUCUGUCUUGAGUUACAUCCAACUGGAGCGGCCAUUCUCCCACCAUCCCAACACUGGAUUCCACUCGCUCACUACGGCCUGCCACGCCCAUCCGUCGCCUCGCCCGCUCCUGAACCAUGUGAGGGCCCUUCGCUCCACUCUGAGGGGAUCCCAGGACCAUCCUGCAUAAGCCCCCCCCCCCACCGUGCAGGGGCUAGAGACACCCUGAUCCCGAGAAAGUGGUCGCCCCCUGUCCCCCCCACCCCACCCCACCCCUCUUUCCACACCUAUACGUUCUUGAUCUCCUUCCCUGGGGAGACACGCAAUGAUGUUCCGUGACCAGGUGGGCAUCCUGACGGACUGGUUUAAGGGCUGGAACGAAUGUGAACAGACAGUGGCACUGUUGUCCCUCCUGAAGAGGGCAACGCGCACCCAGGCCCGCUUCUUGCACAUCUGCCUGGAGCACUGGCUGGCGGACUGCUCCGAGAUCCAUAUACUAGAGGCCGAGGCCAACAAUGCAGCCAUCGUCAACCAAUGGCACCAGGAGCCUAAGGAGAAGGUGGUGGCCCUGCUGCUGUCCCACCUGCCCCUGCUUCAGCCGCGCAACAGCGAGGCAAAAUGUGAGUACAUGAAUCUGCUGCAGAAGGUGCUGAGUCACACCAUCGAGAGCAGCCUCUUCGUGGAGGAGAGCCGGCAGCUGCUCUCCUACGCCCUGAUCCACCCCGCCACCACCCUGGACGACCGCACCUCCCUGGCCAUGUGGCUCAACCACCUGGAGGAGCACCUCUCCAGCGGCUACGCCCCCUCCUCCAGAGCCCCCUCCAGCCCCUACCACCCGCGGCAGGGCUCGGACGAGUGGCCCAGCUCCGCGGACGCCAUGGACCCCGGCCACGCCUGGCACGACCAGUCGCCCUCCUCCAGCACCUCGCCCGCCGGCCAGAACGGACACAUGCCCUUCCCUGGGUGUAUGGGGUCGAACAGCAAUAACACAGGCCUGGGCCAGAUGCUGCCGAGCCCCCUGAAGAAGCCCAUGUCCCUUCUCCCCUGCGGGCCCCAGGCCUGUGGCUCAGAGUGGUCCAGCCAGGACGACACAGGGCUGCGGCAGGCCUUCGGGCCCUCGGACCACGCCCCGCUCUCCCCCCAGAGCAGCGUGGCCUCGUCCGGCAGCGAGCAGACAGAGGACCAGGGGUCCGCACGGAACACCUUCCAGGAGGACGGCAGCGGCAUGAAAGAUGUCCCCGCCUGGCUGAAGAGUCUUCGUCUUCACAAAUAUGCAUCGCUGUUCUCCCAGAUGACCUAUGAGGAGAUGAUGAUUCUCACCGAACACCACCUAGAGUCCCAGAAUGUGACCAAAGGGGCACGGCACAAGAUUGCUUUGAGUAUCCAGAAGCUGCGCGAGAGGCAGAGUGUGCUCAAGUCUUUGGAGAAGGACAUCCUGGAGGGAGGGAACCUGCGGAACGCGCUGCAGGAGCUGCAGCAGAUCGUCAUCACUCCCAUCAAGUACUACAGCGUGUCCAGCGCCGCCCUGAUGUCCUCGGACGCCAAGGCGGGGGACAAGGACCUGACGGCGGAGGGCUUCCAGUCCCACAACCCCCCGCCCUGCGACGGCGAGCCCUCGGCCACGCCCAUCUCGGAGGGCGACAUCGCCGGGCAGUUCACGCGCGUCAUGGGGAAAGUUUGCACCCAGCUGCUGGUGUCGAGGCCGGACGAGGAGAACAUCAGCUGCUACCUCCAGCUGAUCGAGAAGUGUCUGACGCACGAGGCGUUCACGGAGACCCAGAGGAAGCGGAUCGUUUCUUGGAAGCAGCAGGUCCUUAAACUGCUCCGCUUGGUCCCUCGGAAGGCCAUGGUGGACAUGCCAGUGUACCGACAGAAGGGUUGGGCGUAUGGCUCCAACUCGCUCCCCACAGCAGGCUCUGUGAGUGGAGGUCUGGCGCGGAGAGGCCAGAGGCAGUUCCAGAUGCCCCCCCCCCGCGGGCUCCCCACCAGCCGCAUGGGCCUGCUAAGCCCGGGGAGCAUCGGGGGGGCGUCCCCUCGCCACGCCCUCACCAACCCUGCCCUUGCCAGCCAGGGGAGACAGAACCUGUGGUUUGCCAACCCCGGGGGGAGCAACAGCAUGCCCAGCCAGAGCCGCAGCUCGGUGCAGCGGACCCACUCGCUGCCUGUGCACACGUCCCCACAAACCAUGCUUCUGUUCCAGCAGCAAGAAUGCCAAGUCCCAGGAGCAGACCUGGAAAUCAAUCCCACUCUGGAGUCACUGUGCCUCAGUAUGACGGAGCAUGCCUUAGGGGAUGGAAUAGACCGAACGUCAACAAUAUGAAAAAACACACGGCAUAACGAAGAAGGAAAAAACACUUAAUUUCAUCUUGAGGCCUGCAGUUCCUCGUUACCCAGCACAAAGAUGUACGCUUCAGAAAAACGAAAGGCAAACCGCUCACUACAAAACGACAAAAAAACUGUAUAUGUUAUGAUAUUUUUGUACUUUAUUAUAUACAACUAAGUUUAUUAUAAAUGGAAUACAGAUGAAUAUUAUAUUGCAGGAGAGAGGGCGGGGGAGAGAGAGAGAGGUGGAGCGAGGAUAGGUUAACUGUGGGUACUCUGCCCCAUGUUGUCUGCAGGACUGGGACAUGUUGUGCAGAGGCCCAGUUUGCUGUGCUCUGACAGGAAUUGGUGUAUUGGUGCUGUCUUAAAGUUUUUUUUGCCCCUAUUCGUUUUCUCUUCCUUUUUCUCCCAGGAAAACAAAAAGAUAAGUGUGUCUCCGAGCAGCCUUGUGUUGGAGCUAGGAAAAAUAACGCAUAGCCACAGCCUCUUCACCACGUAGUGUGGAAGUUGGAUCUCCUCCCCCCCAACUAAGAGUCGGGCACUUUCUCACACACACAGACACAGACACACGCGCAAACACACACACACACACACACACACACACACACACACACACACACACACACACACACACACACACACACACACACACACACACACACACACACACACACACACACACACACACACACACACACACACACACACACACACACACACACACACAGUGAGACCGGUAACACAGAUUGCACAUUGAUUUAACAUACUCACCGGGUCAACCUGCUGCCAGGUCGCGGUUCACACACACACUCUGCUAGCCACACCUCUCGCUCUGUCGCCAGCCAACAGUGUCGAUCAAACCUUGGAAAAAAAUCUCCUUUUUGUUUAGUUUUUUUUACUUGUGUUGUAUUUCUGCUACUGUCCCAAAUAAACCUGAGGAUGAGGAUUGAAAAGCAAUUCUAGACAGCCUCCACAUUGUGUGACAGGAGCAGAGGAAAGGGGGCCUGGAGGAACGGAGCUGAUGCUAGUAACGUAACCACAGGUGGGCCCCUUUUCUAACCCCCCCAUCCCCCCGAAACCCCUGCAAACACGGACUCAGCAAAGCCAAAGUUAAGGGCUGUAUGAGGUCCCAACUCUUAACUGGAAGAUAUGACCGGUGAGACACGCCAAGAGGGGUUACCCGUGUCCCGACUAAGGGAAGGUGGCAGUUUGAGGAAUACACGCCAGCUUCCACUCAUCUCUAAUAUUCUGUUCCCUGGUAAACAAAUGAUGAUGAAUCUCAUUUUGCGCCGAGGAACCCCUGUGGGGCCGAGCCCGGGCUGGGGGGGGUCGGCGCUGUCUAGGAAAGGAUUUUCAAUUGAACCAGGCUGGAAGGGGGGGGGGGGGGGAGUUUCAAUUUGCAAUGUAAUGCCUGGUAAAGUAACACAGUGAUGGCCAUCUCGUGCCCCCGGGCUCCUCCGCGAUUGGCUGGAAGAUGAUAAGGAAGCUCAGGCUUUUGUUAAUGACAGCGACGGCGCCGGCCGCCUUGCCCCUGCUCGGCCUUCUCCUCAAAAUGGCCACUUUGGAGAUUUGAUGACUCAUUUUUGUUUUGAACCCGUGGUGCUCGGAAGAUUCCCCAACGUUCUCUGUUUGGGUGUUCACGCCGCCGUCUCAGCCUCCCCUCCCCCCCCCCCCCCCACACCCCACCCUCACAUGAUCCCGUGGUGUCAGUGUUGAACCCAAACUCGUCUUAUACAGCCUCUGUCUUGGAAUGUGGCAGAGUAGGAGGUGCAUGUAUGUGUGUAAUAUGGUCUUAACUUUUUCGGGUUACACCUUGAGUCGCAUCGUAAGGUCAGGGAUUUAACCGUUUGCAUAUUGUUUCCGUCUCCAGAGCCAUAGGAGAUCUGUGUAGUAAACAUGGUCAUUUACAGAUGUCUUUUUUCCACUUGGAUUUUUUACUCUUCCUCGGUAUUGAUACCUUAUACUUUUUUUUUUUUCUAUAACUGCAUGUUUUUGCCACACUAAUACAGCAAGGUUGUAGAGAGAGAGGCACGACCGUCACGGGUGAUCAGUGUCGCCUGCAAAAAAAACAAAACAAGAAAAAGACGAGCAUCUAUGUUGCAACUAAUGUUUGAUGUUAACGCCGCCUCUGUGUCACUGUUUACAUCUCACUGGACUAAUGCCAGCUUCAUGUGACCUCAUCAAUUAUUCCACUUGUCUCACGUUGUAAUGAAUUAAAAGCACCGAGGCCUUCUCCUCGCAAGAGAGCCGGCCCCGGCUACAGCCUGAGGACGCGACGCCUUCUACCCCAGCCAACACCCCACUCCUUCUCCAUUCUGUGUCAUUGCAAAUGGGGCUUAAAUGUUAGACGCGACACAUGUAGGAGGUUACCUUUUGUGGUUGUGGAGAAGAAGAAAAGUCAUUUUUCCUGGCCUUGUGAAUAAUCGUUCUGAGUCGUCACACGCUGGCACCCUAUUGGUGUUGUGCCUGAGAUACACAGCCA